GCUGGGUGACUAUAGAGGAAUUUAUUUUGAAAUGUCUAUGAAGAAGUCGAAGAGCAAUAGUCGCGUACACAAUCCACGCUUAAAUGUGUACGUGCGCGCGAGUGUUAAUUCUGACUUGAACAUUCCAUUGUGUUAAGUUAAUAAGCCAAGAAAAUGCCACGAACGCGCCGAGCAAAAUGUAUCUUCAUUUCUUUAAAAUAAAUUAAAAUGUAGAAAUCCAAGGGCAAGAUAGCCAAGUUUGGGUUUUCAGGCACGCAGCGUAUUGCCAACUGUAUAAAACUACUUGGUUAAGCCAGGAGAGUCGGUUGUAUUAAGGCUGCAUUAAUGCAUAAUCAAAUGCACCUCAUAAACCUUUUAUUGAUAGACAUAAAAACAUUACGGUGGUCGUCUAAAAAAAAAAAGAAGCCCAGUCGGUGCAUAGAGAUUUGUGUGUUCGUGUCAGUUCACGAUGAAACAAGAUAUGCAUUAUCUUUACAUUAAGAAACAUUUAGAAAGUAAACAAAUAGGUGUAUACGAAUAUUAGACAAAGCAAGAAGGAAGGCUUCUCUUUACGCGUCUGUAAAUUAUUGCGUUUGGCUUUACGAGGAGCUGCAAACGCCCAGUUCAUAAAAAACAUAUUUUACAAGCAGAGUGUGUACACCGUACAUUAUUACGAAAUCUCGUUAGAUUUUACACUCAUUUGAAAUAAUUUGCUCAGAGCAGCAUUGCCUGGGCGCUGGUUAUGAAAUAAACGGGAGCAUUAAUCUGUCGACGUAAAGAAAUAGUCCCCAAACCCCCACUGUCUGCAGCAGUAAAAGUUCAAAGUGGCCGAUGACUGUGAAUAACUUAAACAUGUGCUGUUUUAUUUCCAUUAAUACUGUGUCGUUGAUGUUCUUUGAAUAAAACGUCGAAGUUAAGAAUAGCUUACUCUGCGGAUUGAUUUACUCACUGUAUUGGUAAAUAUCGUCACGUGACCGCUGUAACCAAUGGCUGGAGAUGUAGUGCAAAAAAUACUAUGAUUGUUCAGAGGGAAGGUAUCUAUAACAGUGUAACCUUUUAUAUGACUGCGAAGGGAUCCAAAAAUGUCCACGAGUGGUACACUUAGUAACUAUUAUGUUGACUCUAUAAUAGGGCACGAGACGGAGGAUGUCUAUGGGACCAGGUUCGCUCAAGCAGCGCAUAGCACGACCUCGAGGCCAUCAGGUGUAGGAGACAAUCCCGAUUUUUCGUCUUGCAGCUUUGCACCCAAAUCUGCCGUUUUCUCGACCUCCUGGUCCUCGGUUCACCCACAGCCCACUGCUGCAGUUUCAGGAAUCUAUCACCCUUACGUGCAUCAGUCGCACCUCGCCGCGGCGGACAGCAGAUACGUGCGCUCUUGGAUAGAUCCACUGUCCAGCUCCGUUUCGUUUUCCGGCUUCCACCCGAACAGCCGGCAUUACGGAAUAAAGCCAGAAACUUUGCCUUCCAAGAGAACUGAGUGCUCUUCGUAUGAUGUGCAGACGCCCAGCCUUACAGAUUUCACAUGCGGCUCGUUUUCAGAAAACAAGGAGAAGGCAGCCAAAGAGCCCACCAGCACCGACAUUUCCAGCAACAGUGAGUCCAAAGACGAGAAACAGCAACAACUUGACCCAAGCAAUCCUGCGGCAAACUGGAUUCACGCUCGCUCAACGAGGAAGAAGCGUUGUCCUUACACGAAAUAUCAGACACUCGAAUUGGAAAAGGAGUUUCUUUUUAACAUGUACCUCACAAGAGACCGUCGUUACGAAGUCGCUAGAAUUUUAAAUCUAACUGAGAGACAGGUAAAAAUAUGGUUUCAAAACAGAAGAAUGAAGAUGAAAAAAAUGAAUAAAGAAAAGGGCAUUAAGGAUCAGCAAUAAGAAAAGAAAAGGACUUUUAUUUGAAGAAGAAGAAGGAAAAAAAAACCUCAAGAACUUGUUCAUCUCUGUCGAUACCAGUUAUUAUUAUAUAUAUUUUUUUUUAACCAGGGGCUCCUGUGACGAUUUUAAAUUUGAAUUCGCUGCUCUUUCUUACUUUUGUUUUUCUUUUUUUCUGCACGUGUUUAGCAGCUAAAAUGGUCAUGCCGCAUUGGGGUCUGUUUUUGAUAGAAAAUGUAUGUGUUUGCUAUAUUAUUCAACAUGUGGUGCCGAUAUAUAUAUAUAUAUAUAUAUAUAUAUAUAUAUAUAUAUAUAUAUAUAUAUAUAUAUAUAUAUAUAUAUAUAUAUAUGCACACCGCCAAGAGAUAAAUUCUCUUUAUUACAUUGGGAACUGUAUCAAUUGUUAAAAAAUAACAUACAAAUUAUGGAUAAUAGUCUGCGGCACCAUGAAGUACCACAAUACCACUGGACUAUGCUUGUUUUUAAAAAUACUUGUUGUUUACAAUAUAUUUUGCUCCGUAUCUGGACGUAAAUGGCAUGUAAAAUUUUAAAUAAAAUAAAAACCCGGGUAUGUGAUGGUGCUAAACAUGUUUACCUGCACACCCUUUCUUUCACUUGUGCCCGCUUUGUGUGUCACAUACACUUGUCUUUGAUUGGGUUUCUGUUGCUCUUUUUUUUAUUAUUCUCGUUUAUCAUCGAGCAACGUCCAUGUAAACUUCACGAUCUCGAGUCUUGUUUCUUGCAUUUUGUCUUGUAAAGCUAAAACCUUACUGAUAAUUGUUUCGCCAUUUUCAGGUACGACCGAAAACAUGCACAUAAUUCAUUACAAUUAGAAAUGUGUGCUGAAGUUUACUGUUCGUUUAAUUACUUUCAUGAAUUAAACCACCAUCAUUUGAUCUUCAAUCCAUCGAUACAUAAUUUUUUUUCUAUAUGUGACAGUAACAAAAAAUAUCUUAAUUGUCCACAUUUACAAAUAAAUAAAUGAUAUCUGUGGACUUGUCUUUACGUGUUCCAAUAAAAGCUUUUUAUGACCUUAAUUUUGUUGGAGGGAUGGGAAUGGGGGGCUGGAGGGAAGGAAGGAUUAGCCUAUCAUUUAGGAUGUUGUAAAUGUGGCGGAUUCGAAAGCUGCAAGAAAGAGUCUCAUGUCUUAUUGUACAUUCAUGAAAAAAAAAAGUAUGGCAAUAUAUGUUGAGUGUAAAAAAAGUAAUUCUUGCAUGGAAAACUGUUAUGCAUGCUUAGUAUUUCUUGAAAUAUACAAAUGAAAUUAAACGCAGAUAAUAUAUUGUGUUCAUUA